UACCCUCCUUUUAAUUUUCCUUCGAGUUAAAGUUUACACCUCUGCUCAACUCCAAUCUUAUCUCUCUCUAAAUCAAUCAAUGGAGUCAUUGGCAGCUUCAUUCUCAGCUUCCACCACCACCAUCCUCAAUUCCUCUUCCAAACUCCACCACCACCCACCUCGACGUUUCCGCUUCCUCUCCCUCUCCCUCCCCAUCUUCCACAAAUUCAAAACAUGCCCCAAAUUUUCCUCAAAAUUCCCAAAUCAUCUCAAUCUUCUAAUUGUCCGAAGCUCCAGUUCCAGUUCCAUCACCGCUAAGCCGUCCCCGGAAUUUCAGAAAAAGGGUGGUAGCGACCGUAAAGAGGAGGAUAACAAGCUUCGUGCUCUUCGUGAGCUCUUUACUAAGCCUGGUGUUAACGUUGAUGCUUAUAUUAUUCCUUCCCAAGAUGCCCAUCAGAGUGAGUUCAUUGCAGAAUGUUAUAUGCGAAGAGCCUAUAUAUCAGGAUUUACUGGAAGUGCAGGCACUGCGGUUGUAACCAAAGAUAAAGCAGCCUUGUGGACAGAUGGACGAUACUUCUUACAGGCUGAGAAGCAGUUGAACUCGAGUUGGGUUCUCAUGAGAGCUGGUAACUUGGGGGUGCCUACUCCUAGUGAGUGGCUUAAUACUGUCCUAGCACCUGGUUGCAGGAUUGGAAUAGAUCCCUUUCUUUUUUCAUCUGAUGCUGCAAAGGAAUUCAAAGAGGACAUUUCUAAAGGAAACCAUGAGUUGGUCUUACUGUAUGAUUUCAACCUUGUAGAUGAAAUAUGGAAGGAGUCAAGGCCAACACCUCCAAAGGAACCAAUUAGGUUGCAUGACCUGAAAUAUGCUGGUGUAGAUGUGUCGUCAAAGCUUUCGUCAUUGAGAUCUGAGUUAAGACAUGCUGGUGCAUCGGCAAUUGUUAUCUCCAUGCUUGACGAAAUUGCGUGGCUAUUGAACUUGAGAGGUAAUGAUGUCUCACAUUCACCAGUCAUGUAUGCAUACUUAGUUGUGGAGAUAGAUGGAGCAAAAUUGUUCGUUGAUGAUACUAAAGUAACACCUGAAGUUAUGGAGCACUUGAGAAAUGCUGGCAUAGAAUUGAGAGCAUAUGAAUCCAUUCUCUCUGAAAUUGAAAGUUUGGCAGCAAAAGGGGCAAACCUUUGGUUGGACACUUCAUCAGUCAAUGCUGCUAUUCUAAAUGCAUAUGAAUCAGCUUGUUACAAAUAUCCUUGGAAAUCUGCAACUAAAAGCAGGAGGAAGAAGACUGUCAACCUUGAUUCCGAUGGUCAAUCUGGAGGACCAUGUGCAGUCUAUAGGAGUUCUCCUGUAUCUCUGCGUAAAGCUGUAAAAAAUGAUGCCGAGUUAGAAGGGAUGCGUAACUGCCAUCUAAGGGAUGCGGCUGCCUUAGCUCAAUUUUGGGCUUGGUUGGAGGAUGAAAUCCAAAGGGAUGUCAUUUUGACAGAGGUAGAAGUUGCAGACAAACUUCUUGAGUUUCGAUCACACCAAGNCCACCAAGAUGGCUUUCUUGAUACAAGCUUCGACACCAUAAGUGGUUCGGGUGCCAAUGGUGCUAUAAUUCAUUACAAGCCAGAGCCAGAUAGUUGUAGCAUUGUGGAUGAGAAGGAACUCUUCCUCUUAGACAGUGGAGGCCAAUAUAUUGAUGGAACGACUGAUAUUACUAGGACAGUGCAUUUCGGUGAACCAUCUGCAAGAGAAAGAGAAUGUUUCACCCGAGUACUACAGGGUCACAUAGCACUUGACCAAGCAGUUUUCCCUGAGAAUACCCCUGGUUUCGUGUUGGAUGCAUUUGCACGGUCUUCCCUAUGGAAGGUUGGCCUUGAUUACCGGCAUGGAACUGGGCAUGGUGUAGGAGCUGCACUAAAUGUUCAUGAAGGCCCACAUAGCAUUAGUUUCCGCUUUGGAAAUAUGACUCCCUUAUUGAGAGGAAUGAUUGUCAGCAAUGAACCCGGUUACUAUGAAGACCAUCAAUUUGGCAUUCGAAUUGAGAAUCUUCUUUACGUCAAAGAAGUAGAUACACCGAAUCGUUUUGGAGGAAUAGGAUAUCUGGGAUUUGAAAAGCUUACUUUUGUUCCCAUACAGACUAAGUUAGUGGACAUAUCUUUGCUCUCUGUUGCGGACGUAGAGUGGCUCAAUAGUUACCAUUUACAAGUUUGGGAGAAGGUUUCACCACUGCUGGAUGGUUCUGCACGUCAAUGGCUUUGGAACAACACACGGCCUCUUACGAAGCUGUAAUUCAUGUGUAGAUACUGUCAAUACUACGCAGUUCCAUCCUUGACCAUUUGUUGUACAUAGGAGAUAAAUAAUUUGAUAAUUAAGAGUUACAGCUACUCAUAUACUCUAUAGACAGGUAAAUGAACUUUGUAGUACAAUAUAAGGCCCCAGGGCUUUGAUCUUAGUGGUAAAAGCGCAUGACGUGAUGUGUGGGUUAAGCGUACAUCACGGAUUCGAACAGACAAAAGUUCGGUAUUUAAGUGGAGAAGGGUAGAGGUUCUGGCCCAUUAUCCACCGAGUUUCUAACCAUGCGCCACUUGCAUUGUGAACUGAUUAGCAUUAUUAAGGAUGGUGAAGGACCUCUGUAAAUGUACAAUAUGAUUAUUCGACUUAAAGGUUUAGCCUUGUGGCUCAUCUCAGCUA